CAUCCGCCUUAGAAAAUAAAUGAAAUAUCAUGAGUAACAAUCAUCGAAAUUUUAUUGUUGACUCUUGAUAUAGAAGAUGGAGAAGCACCACCACGGCGGAGGAAGCCGCCGCAAAGACUUUGAAGUAGCGGUGGACAUCGUAACUCUCCGAGACUUGUCAGAGCUCCUCCACUCUCAAUCCAAGAAGCUCUACUCGGAAUCAUGCCGCCAAAUCCAAAAAAUCCCACCACAGAUACGUCGCCGGAAUUUGCGGCGGGGCCAGCAAGUGUACGACCCAGAGCUGGUCUCCAUCGGGCCCUACCACCACGGCAAACCCGGGCUCCGUCACGCCGAGGAAUUCAAGCCCCAGUGCCUCGACAGAUGCGCCGGCGGAGAUGACAAGAAGGCCUUCUUCUACUUCAAGAUUGUGGAGGAAGCCGCCGCCAUCAGAGACAGCUACGCGGAGGCAAAGAUUGUGGAGAUAUACGACGACAAAUCGCUAGCGUUGAUGAUGCUUUUGGAUGCAAGCAUCAUCAUAGACUUCAUCCACAACUACUUGGGGAUGCAAGGAAACAGCUUCUCGGACUGGCAGCGAUGCCUCGGCGCCGGAUCCGGACCGUUGCGCGACAUCAUGCUCAUGGAGAAUCAGAUCCCCUUCCAGGUCCUGCAACUGCUUAUCACCAUGCAGUACGAGAAAGGAGAAGCUGCUUCGUUUCUCCCACGUUUUUUCUCGACAUUUUUGUCCCAAGAAUACCGAGAUCCUUCAAGAAAUUGAGGAUCUUCCGAUUCACUUCCUCGAAGCUUUUCGAAGAGUUAUAGUGAUGAAGAAUAAGAAGAAGAUUAAAGAGGAAGACAGAGUUAUGUCUGUGUAUAGCUCGGUUAAUAAGAGCGUGUUCUUGCAGUCUGCAUUUUCGAUGAGAGAAGAGAUGGUGGAUGCUGGCAUUGUAGGAAAAACAUGUGGGAAAUUAGAAAGGACUCAAAACCUUUCCUUUUCCUAAGUCUUUUGGCUUUUCAACCUCCAAGUGUUUAUGAGGUGCCUUAAACCCGAGACCUCUCGUGUGGCCACUCCUAGCCUAUAAAUAGGCUUGUUUUGAGAGAUGGAAGACACACAACACAACCUACAAUCCUUUUCUCUUCUCUCGUAGCUCAAGCACUCUAGCUCGCAUCUUAGGAGCAUCGCAUUGCUCGGUUCUCGCCUCCAAUUCAAGUUCGUCGGAGCCUACGAGUUUGAGGUACUUCAACUCGAUAGGAGGAAAGUCGUUUCAUCUUUGGGGACAUUACGCCAA